AUGGCCACAGGUACAGUCAUGAUAACACUGAUUCUUCUGUCACUUUCGUUCCUCACACUGUUAGCCCUCCUGGGUAACAUACUUGUUGUGAUUUCUGUACGACGUUUCCCGCGGUUACGUUCUCAAUUCUGUUUCCACAUUCUAUCCGGAUUGGCUGCGGCGGAUAUCUGUGUAUCCGUAUUUGUGAUGCCAUGGUCUAUGGUUUAUCUUGUGCUCGAAUACUGGCCAUUUGGUUUGGUCCUGUGCAAUAUGUGGAUGUCGUCUGACGUGAUGUGCUGUACCGCGUCCAUUUUACAUUUGUGUCUUGUUGCUUUCGACCGAUAUCUUGCUAUUGCCUAUCCGCUGCGUUAUGGGAUCCUCGUGACGAAAACGAGGAUUCGUGUCUCCAUGGUUGUGAUAUGGCUGACCAGUGCAGCCAUAUCGUUUUUUCCAAUCCAUCUUGGGUGGUUUCACGUACAUACCAAUAGUUCAUCUGAUAAUCACACAGUCAUUAACUUUCGCGAUACAGGUCCACCAUUGUGUGAACUUGAAGUUAACGCUAUUUACGCAGUUGUUUCAUCAUCCACAUCAUUCUACGUCCCCUUUGUGGUUUGUGUGACAUUGUACAGUCGUAUAUUAUACAUUGCACAUCAACAGUUUAGGCAAGUGAGGAAAAUACGAGUGCCUUCAUUUCGAGAUCCUCGAAUAAAAUUUUCAAGUGUCGGGCAGGGAGGCACUAGCGGACAAACGGACACCAUGGCGAUGGAAAAAAACAAGGCCCAAGAAGAGUCAAAACAGACAACUUGGACAGCGGAAUUACGAAGACAGCCUAAUAAGAAUCGUCAUGGACUAUUGGUACACAGUGUACUCUCUCGUUUAUCAGUAACUGAUGGCAUCAGUAUGAGAAUUAUCCGAACUCGACGCGCCACGAGUAGUCCCUCAAUAGAAUUGAAACGAACGCGUAAGGAAACGGCGUCCGUCCACAAAACUGAGUUGAAGGCCAUCAAAACAAUAGGGCUUCUGUUGGGGUUCUUCAGCUUGUGUUGGCUACCAUUCUUCGUAGCUUAUCUGGUGCAAGCAUUCUGUACGGUGUCUUGUAAAAUACCACAUCGUCUUACAACAUUCCUCACAUGGAUCGGUUACGCAAAUAGUGCCGUGAACCCUGUUCUCUACGGAUUCCUACAACGCGACUUUCGAGCGGCAUUCUGCACUCUGAUUCAUAGACCGGUGCUUCAGUACGAAGUUCCGAAUCUUAAAACCAAACUUGGAAAGUUUUGUGUUGGUGACUCUAACCUGAACCAUUCGGCACCUGCUUGGGCUGGGGAUUACGAACUGAACCAGAAACCAAUGACUCUUGAACCCAUACGAAUUCAACUCAGCGGAGAGGAAAGUAGAGAAAUACACACGAAAGGAUAG